AAAUGACUUGCUUCUGAAUGAAUAGGAAGUUUCAUUUUAAAAAAUCGAUAAUAAAUACAGUCUACACAAUACAGGACUACAUUACUGAAUUUCAUCGUUUAUUUUUGUAAGAAAAAACAGCAAUGAUUGCAUUUCGAUUACGUAAUCUAUUCAAAAUUAAUGAACCCUUUAUGUAUAUACUAGUAAUGUUGUUUAAAUUUGGCGUAUGCCAGUUAUUUGAACGUGUAACUGUACAAGAAAAUAUUCCCCUGAAUACUGUGAUAUUUGAUUUAAGACCAGUGUUAGAACGACACUUCACUGGUGCCCUAUCUUCAUCGCCCUCAUCAUCAUCCUCGUCCUCCCCGAAAUCAACCAAUAAUAUAACAGCAUUCGCAAAUCAACAGGAGACAUUUUGGCCAUUUAUACUAGAUGAAUUUCUAGUUAAAUUAGCUAAACCACUUGAUCGUGAAAUGAUUUGUCUUAUACAAACAGAAUCACUGAGACAUCCCUCGAGUCGUAUGGAGACAAAAGUGACAUCUUAUAGUAGUAAUACGCAUCAAGUAUGUCUUCCUGGAGCUUGUUGUCAACUUUUACACGUUAAUAUAAUCACAAGUCCCACGGAAUUGCCGACACCUUUUUACAUACAAGUCGCUGUACAGGAUGUAAAUGACAAUCCGCCUAGAUUUCCGCCACUGCAUACACCAUACAUUGUAGUUAGAGAAGAUAUUAAGUCACAUGAGAAAAUAUGGCUACCACAAGCAUUCGAUGCGGAUAGUGUUCAAUUCAGUAUUGCUGAAUACCGUGCAGUGAAUUGGGUCCAUGGUAAUCAAAGUCAUUUUCAUUUAGGCGUUUCAGAUUCCAACGAUAUGGAUGAUGAUUUGAGCGGGGAAGUGAUGAAUAAAUUUACAGGUGAAAGGCAUACAAACAGUGAAUUAGGCAGACCUUAUUUAACGAUAACUGAAGAGUUGGACCGUGAAGCCAUUGAUCUUUACUCAUUCACACUGAUCGCCAUAGAUGGGGGCGGUAAUAAUCACAAUAAUAAUAAUAACAAUAAUCUACCUGGUAGCACUAAUAAGCCGCUUACUGGAUCUGUUAGUAUCAUAAUAAAAAUCUCAGAUGUUAAUGACAAUUCUCCAACAUUUGAACAAAGUACAUAUCGUGCUGAAGUAGCAGAGAACUCAGUGAAUUCGCCAAUCAUCGAAUUUAAUUUAGUCGAUCGAGAUAUCGGCGAUAAUGGCCGAGUCACUAUAAUUAUAGAUGAUCCUUCUGGACAAGCUCAACAACUUUUUCGUAUUGCCUUGCAACCAAGUCAAAAUCCUAAUUCGAAAAUGUACACUCAUCCUGGAUUUAUGAGUUCACAUUCCCAACAAAUGAAUACACCGGCAACAAGUCAUUAUAAAGGUUCCUUACAAGUGAUUGGUCCAUUGGAUGCUGAAAAGCAUCAGACACAAUUAAGAUUUCAUCUGAUUGCCAGUGAUCAUGGUCAACCGGUAUUGAAUUCCCGUUGUGAAAUACAAAUAAAUAUUAUAAAUAUCAAUGACAAUCCCCCGAAAAUUGUAUUUUUAAACAAUGGUAAAAGACUGUCAGAUGGACGUAUUUCACUGCCUGAAGUUGAAACACCACAGAGAGCUAUAGUCGCUUUAGUUCAUGUCACUGAUGACGAUUCACCAACAGAACAAAUUCGGUGUCAUUUAAUUAAAGAAGAUGACACAUUUUCAUUUGAAGAGACUGGUGGAAUCAACUUUUUAACACAGCAACAAAAUCAACAACCAUUCAGUUUAUUCAGUGAAACAAUCGGUAUUCAUUCCACUUAUAAACAGUAUGUUAUUCGGACGAAAAAAGUUUUGGAUCGUGAGGAGAAAAGUUUUUAUUCGGUUACCGUGGAGUGUAUUGAUGAUGAAGGCCCGUAUGCACUUUCAAGGAAUGCCAGUCUACAUAUUACAAUAACAGAUGUUAAUGAGCAUAAACCAGUAUUCAGCAAAAGUGUAUAUAACGGUCAAGUAAUUGAAAAUCAACUUCAUGCUGAAGUACAUAUGACUAUACCAAUUCAAGCAUCUGAUGCUGACUUAGGCGUAAAUGCUUUAAUUACAUACAGUUUAUUGAGUCCAAAUGAAUCAAUAUCACAAUUGAUAACAGGAAGCACGACUAGUGCAGCAUCAUCAGCUUUGACCUCACAGUCAUCAUCAUCAUCACUGACAUCGAAUAAUUAUCUCAACAGUACUGCAUUCUUUCGUAUAGAUCCAAUCACUGCUAAAAUAUGGACUAUUCAAUCAUUAGAUUGUGAAAAUCGUAGUGAAUACCACUUAAUAGUUGUUGCUAAAGACUCUGGAGUGCCUGUAUCACUUUCUUCUAGUGCAAGUGUUAUAAUUACUGUAGAAGAUGCUAAUGACAAUGUACCUGAAUUUGUUAAUACUCACUAUUUGUUUGAGGUACCCGAAAAUGCACCAGGUGGAACAGAAAUUGGCAUUGUACAAGCAAUGGAUAAAGAUGUUACAAUUGUCAACCAACGUGUUCGUUACAAUCUCCGUGGAAGUACUGAAGACUUAAAACUGAUUACAAUUGACCGCACCACUGGAAUAUUAAGAACUAGACGUCCAAUUGACAGGGAAUCCAGGUCAUCAAUCUCACUUGUAGUAGAAGCAGAGAAUGAAGUCCCGAUUCAUCGUUCACCGUCUAUGCGAGGUGAUAACUUAAACAUGCUUAUGAAACAUAUUGGCACAGAAGCAAGUGUAGUGAUCACAAUUUUAAAUUUAAAUGAUAAUCGACCUGAAUUCACGCUGAUUGAACCACAUCGUUCACAUGUCACUUUCACAUGGGAACAAUUAAAUCCAUUAGUAAUACCGAAGUCAACUCAAACAAAUAACACUUCUGGGAGUUCAGUCGACUCGAAAUCUGAUAAAAAUCAGAAAAUCCCUCCUCUAGAAAAUGCUAACCCAGUAUGUGAGCCACUGCCACAUCGUGUGAUCGACAGAGAUAUGGAAUCUGAUACUAUGUUAGACUGCUGCAUUCUAGAGCUUCUAGAUAAUUACAAUGGAUUAUUUGCUUUAAUUCCACAAGCUCCAAGUGUUCUUUGUGCCAUGUACCGACCUCCAAGUCCACAGACAUAUAAAUUGACACUUAUUGCAAAAGAUGGUUUGACGAAUGAUAGUUUGUCAUCUCAGGUUCAUUUCACAGUGAUCAUUCGAAGUGAUCCAAAUCUUAGAAUCUCAGAUAAAAGUGCUAAUCCACGUUUAAGUCAUCAGGGUGCAGAACACUUAACUGGCCAUCAAUCGAAUUAUGAUUAUACCAAUUCAAAUGAAGAUCCCCUACGUAAACAUUUCAGUUAUGGUGAAAAUGACCAACUGGACAAAGAUUAUCUUUACAGAUCAUCAAAUAUUGAUGGUAAUAUCAAUAAUGGAUUAUUAUAUUCUCAGUCGGCAAGUUCAACAUCACAGCAGUAUAAAUCAAGUCAUUCGAAACCAGUCUAUGGAUAUGGUCAACAGACAUUAAUUAUUAUUGUGAUGGCAUCUAUCGCUGGAGUAUUGUGUGUACUAUUGUUGGUUGCUAUUAUUCUAACAAAACGCUGUGCAUUCGACACUGCUUCGACAACAGUAACAGCAUCAACAACGACGAAAGAGUUUAUGAAAGAAGAACAGAAUAAUCAAAAUGACAAUACUAUUGGAAUGAAAAGUGCAUGUUCAACAGGUUCAACACCAUCUAAAACAAUGACUUUCAAUACAUUUCCUGUAAACAUUCACCAUAUCCAUCAAAAUCCUGAUUAUUAUGCAAAAGAGAUGAUAUAUCACCAUCCAAUGGAACAUAACUCAAAUGAAGCAUCUUAUGAUAUUUCACUUGAAAAUAUGAAAGUUCCUAGUUCAUCAUCAACCCUGUUAAACAAUUAUACAGCCUUUGUUCCAUCGAAUCUUGGACCGACCAACAAUCAUCUGCACGCUACUGCUAUUCACUCUCCACAAACUAGAACACUCCAAUGUCGAAUUCCUGUAGAAGAUUCAUUAUUCCACGAACAGAAAUGUGCACUGAUUAAACCAGCCAAUUCACUGAACCCAUGGUCCCCACCACCGCCUCAGCCGCCACAUUCACUAGGCAAAAAUCAAACCUACAUGCAAGUGAAUCUUAACAAUACUGGAAGUAUACCGGCAAAGACAUCACUCCAGAAUACAAAACCGAAUGAUACCUAUUCACAGAGUGUUUAUCAAACUAUAGAUACACGAUUGAUAAAAAUUCCACACUUGAAUGCUUCACUAAAUAACUCAGUAUGUAUUACGAAUGCAGUUAACGCCGCUACUCCUACACUGAAACGAGAUCAUUCUGGUAAACCGCAUGUGACGAAUUUGAACCAUGAAAAUAAUAGUAAUAAUAAUAACAGUAGUAAGGUGCACUUUAACAAAACAAAACCUACACUAUUAUUAAAAGAAAAUGUUCAACAGACAAAUGAUAACUUAAAAAUAUCAAAAAACACUGAUCCAGAAACCAGUGAAACCAAUGAAUCGUUAUUACGUAAACCUCUACUGCAAAGAGCUAACUCGGAGAGAUCGCCUUAUUUCCAAACUAGUUUUGUGCAUACACUCACAAAUUCUCACCUGCCUACUUUACACUGUAAACAUGACGACUACUGUGUUGAACAACCUCGAACUUAUUGUGAUGCUUAUGAUUUAGUGCAAUGA